AUGGAACUAGAUGGUAUACCAACAAAUAUCACCAUAAUCAAGAAAUACUGUCGCUCCACUACUGCGCAAAUUCUAGAAUUUGAUCCCUCAUCUGCUGGCUCUCAGCCCGAACCCCGUCGGACGUUUAGCCCCUUUUCUUGUGUCAAGUGUGGCAUAGACUUUACGCCAGUAUGGAAGCGAGAAAAAGCUGGCGCCUCAACUGUCAUCUGCGAGGCAUGUUUGGCCGGAAAUCAACGUUCUAGCCUACAAAAAGAAUAUGAGGAUUCUGUGAGGCAGGUCUUGCAACAGAAUGGUGCUGCGGAGCGUGAGAUUGAACGAGAGUACCAGGACAUAAUCGCAAACCCCACUAAGCUUGAGAGCUAUAUUCGCGAACAGGAGAAGAAACUUCUAGCUACUCACCAAGCUCAAUUGGCACAACAACAGCAGCUGGCACAACAGGCAGCGGCACAAGCUCACAGUCAGCGAUAUCAGACCAAACAAUCUGUCGGGGCCCAGAACACUGGCAUUCGAACGCCUACCCACCAAGUUUCUUCAUCCUGCGUUAACAAUGCCAACCUUAACGGAAGCAAUAAUGCUUCUCACCAACGCUCACGUCAAGGCACCUCCACGCCGCUUUCGAACUCCCCUGUCCCGACUCCUGCCGCCAGUGUACCUCUUCCCCAACAGCACCUCUCUACUGCUGCCUCCCAACACUUUACUCCCGGCUACCAACAACAACAGCAGCUGGCCAAACCGACUGCCUCCGUUGGGGCC